UGGUGGGUCGUGGGAUUGAGAAGUAUGGUGAGUUAGGUUAAUUAGGUAUACGUGGUUUAUAUGACGUAUUUUGGUCACGAAGAACUCAAAGCUGUUUUCGAUUCUGCCGUGCCAUCACAGGCACGUAUGUUCACAUCAAAUCAAGUGAUCGUGGCAUCUCGAUCGUGUCAACGAAAUUAUUACGAAGGAGACUACGAUGACAGAAGAUAACUCGCAGGCCUCCAUACACAAAUGGAUCAAGAGGGCAAUACUUGCCACGUUCUUUACGCUCAUCAUUUUGAAUUUGCCGAUGAUCUGUGAGACCCACGACAUUCACGAGUCGCCGAGCUAUAAGUAUUCCCAAAAAGCCAACGAAAUCUACUUAAAUGAACAUCAACAUCAGCAUCAUCAUCAUGAUGAUAAUCAUGUUCAUCAACAUCAACAUCAUGAUGAUCAUAAACACUCUUAUUCAACGCAAACAAAUACUUUAAAAAGGGAUUACAAUAUUAUCUUAAGGGCUGUUGGAUCAACUUUGAUCAUAUCCGCUGCACCUUUCUUUUUGUUAUUCUUUCUACCUCUGGAUAAUACUGAACAAUAUGAGUCCCUACUCAAGAUCUUGCUGAGUUUUGCAUCUGGUGGUUUACUGGGUGAUGCAUUUCUUCAUUUGAUUCCACAUGCGAUGAUUCCUCAUUCGCAUCAAUCUUCGGAAUCUCACUCACAUUCUCAUUCACAUAGUCAUCACGAUGAGUCAGGACUUCACAAACAUGACAUAUCUGUUGGUUUGUGCAUAUUGUUAGGGAUAAUAGUGUUUCUAAUGGUAGAAAAGGCAGUACGCAUUAUUAAAGGUGAUCACAGUCACUCGCAUGUCCAUCAUGAUUCUCAAGAUAAAAAAGAUAAUUUGUUAGAGAAGAAAAAAGAGAAGAAAGAAGAGAAGAAAAACAGUGGUAAAACUGUUUCCAAAGCAUAUAAAGCACCUGAGAGUGAAAUUAAGAUCGCUGGUUAUUUGAACUUGGUGGCAGACUUUCUGCACAAUUUUACAGAUGGUCUAGCUAUAGGAGCUAGUUACAUGGCUGGAAAUAAUAUUGGUUACGUAACAACAUUCACGAUACUGAUACAUGAGAUUCCACAUGAAAUUGGUGAUUUUGCUAUUCUGAUACAAAGUGGAUAUAGUAAAAGAAAGGCUAUGAUGUUGCAGUUGACCACUGCUAUAGGAGCUUUAUUAGGAACUUUCAUUUCUUUGUUAGCAGAAGGAAUGGAUGAUUUUGCAACAAGGUGGAUUCUUCCCUUUACAGCAGGAGGUUUUAUUUACAUUGCAACUGUUUCUGUAAUACCAGAACUUUUAACUGCCACUAAAUUUUGGCAAUCAGUUAAGGAAAUAUCUGCACUUUUUGUUGGAGUGUAUAUGAUGGUUCUUAUAGCAGAUUAUGAAUAA